GCGCACAGCUCGGGUUUGUUGCAGGGCACUGGAGCAGCGGUGUAACCGAUCCCAGCUGCUGCCGUGGGGGGAAUCCGAGCUAUUCCCGUCCCCCACAGGCUUGGUCACGUGUCCUUUGGGAGCAGUUUAGUUUCUAGAGACCACGUCGGAAGAAGAAGAAGAGAGGAAACGCGCGUCGUUACGCACAGCCCAGUUUGGACAGCAAACAUCUUUAGCGCGCGCGUUUAACGAUCCGUCCGGCGGCGACUCAUCAAGCAGAUCAGUUUUGUUUUGGGGCGUUGUCGUGUAAACACUUCAUAGUGGUACACAGAUCCGACUGGCACUGACACGGCGUGUGUGUGUGUGUGUGAGAUCCCUCAGUCACAGACUCGUCAAAACUUCUGCGCUUUUACCAACAACUGUGAUCUUUACUGCGAGGAGCCGCUGCUGCUACAAGUCGACGCGCGGAGCUGUCACGGAGAGAACCGAGAGCCCAGCGUCGUCCACAGUGGUGCUGCUCGUUGCUAACUAGGCUGCCUCCGAGCCCACAGGUAAUUGGCCAGCUUUCGUGGGUUUUGAUGUCACUUCUAGAUUGGUUUAACUGAAGAUGGAAACACUGGAGUCUGAGCUGACCUGCCCGAUCUGCCUGGAGUUGUUUGAAGACCCUCUGCUCUUGCCCUGCGCCCACAGCCUGUGCUUUAACUGCGCCCACCGCAUCCUGGUGUCCCACUGCUCCACCAGCAAGCCCCUUGAGUCAAUAUCGGCCUUUCAGUGCCCCACCUGUCGUUACGUCAUCACGCUGAAUCACCGCGGCCUGGAGGGCCUUAAGCGCAAUGUGACGCUGCAGAACAUCAUUGACCGCUUUCAAAAGGCCUCCCUUAGCGGCCCCAAUUCCCCCACUGAGAGCCGGCGUCUGCAGCCGCAGCGGCCCUACACCGCCACCAUUAGCGGUUCAAUAGCUGGAACGAUUGGCGGCGGCGGCGGUGGUAGUGGAAGUGGAAGCAGUGCCCGCGGCAGCCCGGCCACUUCCAGCCACUCCCACCCGCACGCCAACCACGCCAAUCACACCAAUCACGCAAACCACACCAACGCGAACCACAGCCCGGCUGUUGUCGCUAAAAUGGAUCCACGCAUCAGCUGCCAGUUCUGCGAGCAGGAUCCGCCACGCGAGGCCGUCAAGACGUGUGUCACGUGCGAGGUGUCGUACUGCGACCGCUGCCUCCGUGCGACACAUCCGAACAAGAAGCCGUUCACCAGCCACCGUCUGGUGGAGCCGGUGCCGGACACGCACAUCCGCGGCCUGACCUGCCUGGAGCACGAGAACGAGAAGGUCAACAUGUACUGCUUGGUGGACGACCAGCUCAUUUGUGCCCUCUGCAAGCUGGUGGGGCGCCACCGAGAGCACCAGGUGUCCUCGCUCACUGAACGCUUUGAUAAGCUCAAGGCUUAUCAGGUGAGCCCGGGCAGAGUGUCAGAUGCGGUAAUGGAGGCUUCAAAGACAAGCGCUGCGCAAACCCUGGAGAACAACCUGACCAACCUGGUGAAGAGGAACAGCGAACUGGAGAACCAAAUGGCAAAGCUCAUCCAGAUCUGUCAACAGGUCGAGGUGAACACAGCCAUGCAUGAAGCCAAGCUGGUGGAGGAGUGUGAUGAGCUCGUGGAGAUCAUCCGCCAGAGAAAACAGGUCAUUGCUGUGAAGAUCAAAGAAUCCAAGGUGAUGAAACUACGCAAGCUGGCUCAGCAGAUUGCAAACUGUCGCCAGUGUCUGGAGCGCUCCAGUGCCCUCAUCACACAAGCCGAACAGAGCCUGAAGGAGAACGACCACGCCCGCUUCCUCCAGACCGCCCGAAAUGUAGCAGAAAGGGUUGCCAUGGCGACGGCCUCGUCCCAGGUACUCAUCCCUGACGUCAACCUGAAUGAGGCGUUUGACAACUUUGCCCUGGACUUUUCCAGAGAGAAGAAGAUUCUCGAAGGACUAGAUUACCUAACAGCUCCAAACCCGCCAUCCAUAAGAGACGAGCUGUGUACCGCCUCCCACGACACCAUCACUGUUCACUGGACGUCAGAGGACGAGUUCAGCGUCACCUCCUACGAGCUGCAGUACACCAUCUACACUGGGCAGACUAAUUUCAUCAGUUUGUACAACUCGGCAGACAGCUGGAUGAUCGUACCGAACAUCAAGCAGAACCACUACACGGUGCACGGCUUGCAGAGUGGCACCCGUUACAUCUUCUUUGUCAAGGCCAUCAACCAGGCAGGAAGCCGCAACAGUGAGCCAGCCCGCCUCAAAACCAACAGUCAGCCCUUCAAGUUAGACCCAAAGACGGCCCACAAGAAGCUGCGUCUGUCCAACGACUGUCUGACCAUGGAGAAGGACGAGAGCUCGCUGAAGAAGAGCCACACCCCGGAGCGCUUCAGCGGCACGGGCUCCUAUGGCGCGGCGGGUAACGUCUUCAUUGACAGCGGGUGCCACUACUGGGAGGUUCUGCUGGGAGCGUCCACAUGGUAUGCCAUCGGCGUGGCUUACAAAUCAGCCCCGAAAAACGAAUGGAGCGGCAAGAACUCGUCCUCAUGGGUGUUCUCACGCUGCAACAACAACUUUAUGGUGCGCCACGACGGCAAGGAGAUGCUGGUGGAGGCGAGCCUGCAGCUGAGGCGGCUGGGCGUCCUGCUGGACUACGACAACAAUACACUGUCCUUCCAUGACGCCAUGAACUCCCAGCACAUCCACACCUUCGAAGUCUCCUUCCUCCUGCCCGUUGUGCCCACUUUCAUGAUCUGGAACAAGUCGGUCAUGAUACUCUCAGGGCUUCCCGUCCCCGACUUUGUCGACGGCGUGGGCUCAGAUCUUCAAGAGCAGCAGCAGCAGCAGAUGGGCCUGUGCCGACAAGAGUCGCCAUACUUGACCGGGAUGAAGACCUGCCACUGAGAAAGGCCCACAAAUGGCCUAGCAGAGUCCACUCAGACGCGGUGACUGAAAGGAGGCAUUGAGAGGACCAGUUACUUUCUUAUGGAUUUAGAAAGUGUUGGAGAUAUACACACCAGUCUGAAAUGUCAGUCCUGUUAGUUUGUAGCCAUCCAAUGCUUUGCAAAUCCAUCAGCGAAUGGGAGCAAGGUCUUUUGACUGCAAACGUCAGUAGACCUGAAAUUCAUCUGAUGCCCUGGAGUUAAUGAAGGCAGGGCUGGACAUCUGGUUUUAUGACCAUUUAAGGUCUUCCUGUUUGAUUUAUCUUCCUCCUGAUCCGACCCUAGGCAGAAGACUAAGUAGGGAAUGCUCUCGUCAGCCAUUUAGAGUCUGAAGUUACAACAUGUGAACAGUGAGAUUAAAAAAACACAAUGCAGAGGCAGCAAAAAAAAAUCCAGUGAAGAAUCCUCUGACUACAGACAUUUUAACUUUAUUUUAAAUGUCCGUAUUUCCAUCUCAUUAAGGUUACAUGAUAUGUCAAGCAAACUAAAUUUGACCAAAGCUAAAUUAAAAUUUUAAUGAAUUAGCAGCUAAAGGAAUAGUUUAGUUUUAGUUUUUGUGGCAAGAAUGAUUUGAGAUCGAUACCACUCAUGUUUGUACGCUACAUAUGAAGCUAGAGCCAGCAGGGUUUUUUAUAACCUUCAUCCACCUGACCCGUUAUGAGAGCCAAACCGCACCGCCCAAACCGCAAAAAUAUGCGUCAAUCGACCACCUGAACCCAACCCCACCCGCUAACCGCCAACGUUAUGCAUUAUAGUACCACAAUAAGGACUGAGAGAGGAAGAGAAGGUGCCAGGUGGACUAUUGCAUGCAAUGUUUCUGUAAGUUAUUAAUAACUUACCCGGAACGCUGCUUUGUCAAUUUGUCACCCACCCGUCCGAACCCGCGAUAUUUUCUAGUAAGCUCACCCUAACUGGGUCUCUAGGUUCUGGGUUUACCCAUGCAUCACGACUGGGCGGUCUCCAGUCUACUAGGUCCUGCUCAUAACUUGUAAACCUGCAGUGUUGAUUUUACAUUUCUUAUUAAACAAAUGAGAUACAGGCCUAAUGUGUACAUUCAUGAGCCAGGCUUCUUUACCUUUGGACAGAGCCAGGCUAGCCGUUUCCCUGCGUUUCCAGCCUUUGUUCUAAGCUAAGCUAACCGCCUGCUGGCUCUAGCUUCAUAUUUAGCGUACAGACAUAAGAGUGGUAUCAUUCGUCCAAUCUAAUGCUGCGCUCCAUUUACCUCGGAAAUUGGACGUUGGAGCUGGGAAUGACGUCACACCCGAGUUGACCGCGUUUCAGUACAACAAGUCAGAAAAAUUAAUGGGAACCUAAUGGCAAUGUUAGCAUUACCAGUUGAUAACAACACAUUACCCCGGUAUUUUGCGCAUACAAACACCGUUGCAGCAUGCACUGAUAGAAGUUGGACAGUACGGUGUGUACGAAUGAUUUAAUGCAUCCAACUUUCCGAGUCGGAAAUCCAACGUCUGGGGGUGCUCCAGUUGAAAUUCCGACUUCCCAGUUCAAAUGGAACGCAGCAUAACUCGACAAGAAAGAGUAUAAGCGUAUGUCCUUUAAAUGUUGAUGUGCCUUCUUUGAGUCCACUUUAUUGUGUGAGCUACAUAUGCUACCAUUUUGCUAACGCAAAUACAUGCUAGCCGUGGACUUUUUUGCGUUGCAUCGCAUCACUUUUCAUGUGUUGUAGCCUCAGUAGCUGUAAGUGGUCGUUGCUAAAGUCUUUUCCUUGAUUUCCCUCCUAGAUUUGACGCAGCAGUCCUGUUUGCAUUGGCGGGUUGUAGCUUCCAAGUUUCAGGAAGUGUUAACGUUGCUCCCAGAUAUGAACUAGAUCACACUGGGGGUAUAUUUGCAUCAUGUGACUACUCAACUUGUAUAAUAAGAGGUUUAUUGAAUAUUAGAGGAAAAAGUGUUAUUUAUGACAAAAAAGAUGGUUUACUUUUAUUAUUAAUCUCAAACAUAUUCAUGAUGCACUUUUUAAUUUACACUAUUUCCCCUCUAUGAGUAUUAAAGUAUAUGGAGCUGAGUGGCAGGGAUGUAAUGGGGAGGGAAAGUGACAACUAGCACUACUGCUGGUUGUGUUCACCUUAUUUUCAUAUUCAUAUUUAAAAACAUCAGUUAUGCUCAAUAAUUAGUGAUGGUUACCGGAUAUCAACCAUAAUAGAGUAUUGCAAUAAAACACAGUUGCUGACACCUAAUCUGGUGUAAUAAACCAGAAGCCCCUGCUGUAAAGUCAAAAGGUUUUUCACUGUGCUUUGAACACGACCAGUGACUUUCCCUCCCCGUGGCUCUUUUCGAUAGCAUAUAGCAACUUUAUCUUGUCUAGAAAAGGGAUAUGAUUACGAUGAUGUUUAUGCGAUUUUUAUCAUGAUGAAAUGAUGAUAAACUAAUAGCUGUUUUAAAAAAAACUUCACUCUGUCUUCGACUAUUCAGGGAAGGAGGGGGUUAACACUUUAACUUGCUGUCUGUCGCAAUGUCAUGGCAUGAUUGUGUUUUCCUCUGUGAUUUGUUAACACACGCACAUGCACAUAUACACACACACAAACCGACACACAUGUUCAUGUUUCGUUUAGGUUGGCCUUGUCGUGAUAAAUGCAUGAAUCCCACAACGGUUCACUGGGUAACUUUAGUAGCUCUUUCAAGUUCACUAAAUCUUGUUUUUCAUCAGAUGCUGACUCACCUGCGCAUUCGCUUACGACAGACGUGACCUCUUUUUGUCACCCAUCACUAUUCAGAUAGCAGCUGUUGCUGGAUCCAUUGUUUGCUUUUUAUUCGGGUUUUGAAGGCCUAGUGUGGGUUUGAUAUUCAGGUAGCGGCUCUGAGUCAGACAAUCAAAUAUGUAUCAUAGUUUAUGCAGAUUUAAGAGAUUGUGUAGCAGGAGUUAAAGUAGGGAGGGAUUGUGACAAAGUGACAUUUGAGGUUGUGUUAAAAAAAAAGAAGCAGAUGUUUUACAUUUGACACAUUUGGCCAUUUUCACUCUUUUUACACACCGCCAGGUAUAUACUUAAUGUUGAAUGUCAUGUAACAUUUGUAUUGACAGGCUAUAUGAUUUGCUCAACCAUGAAAACACACACUGAUUUCAAUCAUUUGUUAGUAACCAUGGUUACGUAUUGAUGAGUUCAAGCAAAGAUGAAGAUGAUGUAAAACUCUCAGCUAUGGAAAGAUCUGACAUGUCAUCCAGGUAUUGAUUGUAUGAGCGCUAUAGGCAACAGAGAUGAUCCACUGGUCAACGCAGGAGGGGGAGGGUUCUCUUUUUUUCUGUCAGGGUGGUUGGUGAAUGUUACCUGACUUCCAGAUAUCCACCCAUCUCGUUGAAUAAUGUCGGUCUCAGGCUCGAAACGGCCAUGUGUUGAUUUGUGAUCCAGACUGACAAGCUCAACUCAUCUGUGCAAGCGUGCUUGGCUGGGUCACUGCAUGAUUAUGUGACCUUGCUGCAGGUUCAUAACUCUUUCCUUAUCUUCAUGAUGGGCUUUCUUAUCUCGAGUCAAGCAUAUUCUCUCCUUUUUUGCAACAAAAAAAAAAAGGAAAUCAUGACAAGAACUCUUGGAAAUGUUCAUUACAAUGCAUAUCAGAUAGUUUGCAGUGCUCUUUCUUUCUUUGUGUCACAAGUCAAUACAGUAAAAUAUAUACGGUGAAUGAUUUUCAAUAGCUACCCACUCCUUGUAGUGCAGUGUAAUACCCUAGAGACAAUGCAAUAGAUUCUCCUUUUUUGCUUUUCUGUUUGUGUAACUUGGGAAAUUAUUUUUUACAACUCAUGAGAAACACGCUCCUCUCCUUUUGGCAUAUGGACCUUGAUAAACAGCACAAAAAAAAAAGAGCAGCGUUGCAUUCAUGCAAGGCUUCCUGUUUCCGUAGAUAUGAGAGAUAAUUUUAGCCAGAGAGGAAUGUAAAUCAUAUGGGGGAAAUAUAUAUUAUAUAAAGUUGUAUAAUAUACAAAAUAUAUAUGAACCAAUGUUAUUUAUGUGAAUUUGAGUCCAAUUAAAAGUCUGAUCCCAAA